GGAGUUCUAAACUGAGUGGAAAACCACCUGAGCCUGAACACUUGUAUCGUUACUAACCGAACUUUCGUUUUUCCUGACAGCCUCCAUCGUUCCUAUCGAACUACUGCUUCAGUGCUUCUAUAAGUACCCCCAUCGCUCUUACACUCUCCCAUCUCUAUCUCCUCUGCAUCUCACCCCUCCCCCAAAAUAUCCCCUGACCCCGCCGGAGCUCCUCCUCGUAUCCUACAUUGUCCAAGGUGGGGAAAGCUAAAUGGGUCCCUACAUAAUCGGUGUCCUUGUUCCUCUAGCAAUUACAACUCUUCUCCUUCGAAAUUCAAACAACAGGAAGAAGAAACGCGGUCUCCUUGUUGAUGUGGGUGAUGGGGAUCCGGGUUAUACUAUCAGGAACCAUAGGUUUACUUCCCUAGUGGAAACAUCAUGGGAUGGAGUGACUACUCUUGCUGAGCUUUUUGAAUAUGCUUGCAAAAAGUAUUAUGAAAAAAACUUGCUUGGGACCAGAAGACUUGUCUCCAAAGAAAUGGAGACAUCCUCGGAUGGAAGAUCUUUUGAGAAGCUUCAUUUGGGGGGUUAUGAGUGGUUGACUUAUGGACAGGCUUUCAAGUUUGUGUGUAACCUCUCAUCCGGGUUAGUGCAUAUGGGGCAUGAAAAGGAAGAAAGGUUAGCCAUUUUUGCAGAUACAUGUGGGGAAUGGUUAAUUGCACUUCAGGCUUGCUUUAGGCGCAAUGUGACUGUGGUAACUAUUUAUGCAUCUUUGGGGGAAGAGGCCCUCUGCUACUCUCUAAAUGAGACAGAGGUUACAACUGUAAUUUGUGGACAAAAGGAACUGAAGAAGCUUAUUGACAUUGGUGGGCAGCUUGAUACAGUGAAGCGCAUUAUAGUAAUGGAAAAUGAUAUUUCAUUGAAUGAAUCAACAGUUACUGGAAACUCAAGCUGGGUGAUAUCAUCCUUUUUCGAGGUUGAGAAGCUUGGACGGGAAAAUCCCGUUGAGCCCGAGUUACCUCUUGCUUCUGAUGUUGCUGUGAUAAUGUAUACCAGUGGAAGCACUGGUUUGCCUAAGGGUGUGAUGAUGACACACAGGAAUGUUCUAGCAACGGCUUCUGGUGUUAUGACAAUUGUUCCUGAGCUUGGAAGCAAAGAUGUCUACUUAGCAUACCUUCCUCUUGCUCACAUUCUAGAAUUAGCAGCAGAGACUAUUAUACCGGGAAUUGGAGGCUCUAUAGGAUAUGGUUCUCCUUUAACACUUACUGAUACUUCAAAUAAGAUAAUGAAGGGAACAAAAGGAGAUGCUUCCGCAUUAAGGCCGACCAUAAUGGCUGCUGUUCCAGCAAUUCUUGACCGUGUUCGAGAUGGUGUGAGAAAGAAGGUAAAUGCCAAAGGAGGUCUAGCAAAGGCAUUGUUUGAUUUAGCAUAUGCGCGUAGGUUGUCUGCACUCAAUGGCAGUUGGUUUGGUGGGUGGGGAUUGGAGAGGAUGUUGUGGAACUUUCUAGUGUUCCGAAAUGUUCGGGCAGUUUUAGGUGGACGUAUUCGUUUCAUAUUAUCAGGCGGGGCUCCUCUUUCUGGAGAUACUCAAAGAUUCAUUAACAUAUGUCUCAGUGCUCCCAUUGGUCAAGGGUAUGGUCUCACGGAGACAUGUGCUGGUGGUUCUUUUAGUGAAUAUGAUGAUACAUCCGUUGGUCGCGUCGGUGCGCCAUUGCCGUGCUCAUACAUCAAGUUGAUAGAUUGGCCCGAGGGAGGAUACCGAACAAGUGAUUCACCAAUGCCUCGUGGAGAGAUUGUUAUAGGCGGGCCAAAUGUCACCCUUGGGUACUUCAAAAAUGAAGAAAAAACAAAAGAAGUCUACAAGGUUGAUGAGAGAGGGAUGAGAUGGUUUUUCACUGGUGAUAUAGGGCAGUUUCACAAUGAUGGCUGCCUUGAGAUUAUUGACCGCAAAAAAGAUAUCGUGAAACUUCAGCAUGGUGAAUAUGUUUCUCUGGGCAAGGUUGAGGCGGCUCUAUCUACCAGCCAGUAUGUUGACAAUAUAAUGGUGCAUGCGGAUCCCUUCCACAGUUACUGUGUAGCUCUGGUGGUGGCUGCACAGUCCGCUUUGGAGGACUGGGCUGCAAUGCUUGGAAUUCAGUUUGUAGAUUUCUCAGACUUGUGCACUAAGGUUGAGACGAUGAAAGAGGUCUACACUUCACUUGUUAAGGCAGCAAAGGGUGCCCGCUUGGAGAAGUUUGAGAUUCCAGCAAAAAUAAAACUGAUUUCUGAGCCGUGGACUCCAGAGUCCGGCCUAGUCACCGCUGCGCUCAAACUCAAGAGAGAUGUCAUCCGGAAGACUUUCUCUGAGGAUCUUUCAAAGCUAUACUCAUCCUGAUUUCGUAGCGAUCUUUUCUUCAUAUCAGAAGUGUCUGUAUGUGGUUUAUUUUCUGUGGUUUAAAUAUUUCUUUGUAUAACAUUUGUUUAUUGUUUUUUCAUAAUCUCCUGUGUCAUUUACCUUUGUAAAAAAACAUAAACAAAUCUGUGUCUGUCAAUUAGUUUUAUAGAGUAAUAAAGCUAAGUUCUUUAGUUUAUUCUGUUUACGAAGUUGAUGUUCUUGGUGGGAUGUCAAAAGAAA